UCAGACCGUCAUAUCCGAUCAUGAGUGUCCCGUGUUUUGUGAGAACGGCGGCCAGAAGUAUCGCCGGUGGAUCAGGACAGUUCAGACUAGCUGUUUGCUGUUCAUGUAAAAACACAGUCACACGAAAAAUGUCAUCCAGGAGACAGACUGACCAUCUAGAAAGAACUGCUAGCGUUCAUAGACAAAUGGAACUUUUCUCUGCACGUGUUUGUGACAUUAUGAAUGAAUCUGAUUCAGUAAAGAGACUGAGACUGGAGGUGCCACAUCCUGACUUCAGCUUCCGCGCUGGACAGUGUUUUGAGAGAGUGUGCUGCUCUGUGGACUCUCCGGUAACUGUGAGGGUGGGAGGUAACUUCUACUUUGACCCUCAACCUUCUGACCCUGUGGUGGACCUGUUGCUGAUAGCUGGUGGUGUUGGCAUCAACCCUCUGUACUCCAUCCUGCUGCACGCAGCUGAUCUGCUUAAACACACUCACCUGUGCUACAGCGCCAAGAACACCAAAGAGCUGCUCUUCAAGAACACCAUUAUUGACAUUUGUCAGGAGCGACCAGAUAAAUUCUCCUGCGAUUUCCAUGUUACCCAACAGAGCUCUGACAUAGAGCAGGAACUUCAGCCUUACACCAUAAAUGGAAGGAUAUCAGAAGAGGAACUUAAGCGCCAUGUAGAUCCUGAGCACACAUUGUGUUAUCUUUGUGGCCCUCCUCCUAUGAUAGAGAAAGUGAAUUCAGACCUGCAGAAAGUCGGCCUAUCGGAGGACAGAAUCCUUUUUGAGAAAUGGUGGUAGCUCCACAACUCAGAUAAUCACAGCGAUGGAUGCAUCUGCAUCAUCAUAGAAACAGACUGUAAUGGCAAUGGACCAGUAAAGCCUUUGAGAUCAACAGACGCUAUGUCUGCAUUCUCCACAUUUAAAGGGAUAGUUCACCCAAAAAUGAAAAUUACCCCAUGAUUUACUAACCCUCAAG